CGGAUUUUAAUGUCUUCACGCGGAAGCGACUACAGUGUCUACGAAGUUUUCGGGUCAUGUUAGAACAAGAUUGUUGGUUUCAUUUCAGAAUGACAGAGAAUCCAGUAUAAGUACGUUAUUUUCUAUCAAGUUACUGUGCAGUGGCUACGUUUUCACUUGUUUGUUUGGAGUAGGAACAGAAAAGUUCAAUUUCGCGUUUGCAAGGUAUUCCAAAAGUUGGUCUGCAGCUGAGAUGCAACGGGUAACCAACGAUAUGACAGCUCUCGUAAGUGACACUGACAUGUUUGGGGAAAACCUAGACCAAGAGUUGGAACCAGGGGUCCAAGGCUUUUCUCGUAGUGGUACCGGGAUUGGUUUGGAGUUCAAACAACCGGUAGCUCAGCCCCGGAAGCCGAGCAAGAGUUUUUGGGAUAACCCGCGACCAUGGCCAAAGAUGGCUUUGUCAAUGUUCUGUAGUGUUUUCCUGGUCUUGGCUGUCGCUGUCUUCUGUGCAUUUCUAUACAUCAUUAUAAAAGACCUGAGUGCUGAGAGGAUGUUGGGGGAGGAUGGGACAGAGGUCCGCGUCCUGGGAUUCUGGAGUGUUCUGGUAUUGUCAGUGUUGGCUGGCUUGUCCUGCUGCAGUUUCUCAUGGACACUCACAUACUUUGACUCAUAUCAGCCAGGCAUGUUUCCCCCAACCCCCCUGUCGUCUGCCUACCUCAGGCGUUUGACAGGCCACUCCUUCCAUGUGGGCUACAGCGUGGCUGUCCUGAAUGGCAUAGUGGCCGCACUGACUGUUGUCUGGAACCUCAUUUGACCCCUGACCUCUACCCAGAAUUCAAUGCUUCUGCACGUGGCCCGCCUAACAUCCCAGCUAUCGCCACUGACCUCAGCACUCAGAAGUAUCACUGUAAAACAAGGAAACACUGAAUAACACAAAUAUAAAGAGCUGUGCUUGGCAUAUUAGAAGCAAAGCUAAUUCUUUAAAUUUGUCACAGUAUUACUGUAAUAUAUUUAGUCCUAAGACAAUAUCAUGUGUUUUGUAAGGAUACAAUACAUUCAUGUCAGUUGUUGUUUAGUGUUGGCAAAUGAACAGCAUAUUCGUUUGUGAAUGUUUUUGUACAAUUGACAAUCCUCCUACUGUCCCACCCAGCCAAUGAAUGUGACCCUGUAUUGUCCCACACUGUCUAACCCUGGCACAUCCCACUAAUAAAGUAGCUCACACUUGUUGUCAACUUGUAUCCUUCAUAAACAGAAGUCUCAAUAAAUUGGGUGAAAUGGCACUGAAAAGCAUUCCUGAAACUCCAUUGUUUCACUAACAGACACAUAAGGAUAAAGAUUUAUUCAUAAUCAUUACAGUUAC